AAAAGGGUGGAUUGCACGUGCAAGAUAAGAUGAUUAAGCUGCCGUCACGGGCGUCGCCUCGUCAAAACACCCUUUCUCACCCGUCCCGCCAACUCUGCGAGAGAAGGCGAGUCCCCCUCCACCUGUGGCGCGACAGUUGAAGUGCCACUCUCGGCGGAGAGAGCGCGCCGCAGCGAGGCCCCGACGCCGACGGCACACAGUGCACGACCCCUUCCCCUCGCCCCCCGAGCGCCUCCCCGCAUCAGUUACCGUCGUUGAGCGCAGCCUUGGUCAUCAUAACGCCCCACGCGCGCGCAAGCACCCUCCGCAAGCUCAGCACCCAAGAUACGCCGCAGAGAGAUGCGGCGAUCGACGAGCAUGUCCGCCCUGCACGCCUUUCUUCUCGCGCUCGCUGCCAGCCUCGGAGGCCUGUGCGGGGCAAAGACCCUGGCGACCGGCGGGACACCGCCUCGCGUCAUCUUGAUCCUCGUGGACGGCGUCCGCUGGGACUACCUGGACGAGCCCCAGCUGCCAGGGUUCACGGCCCUGGCGCGGGAUGGCGUCAAGGCCAAGUACGUGGUGCCCAUCAUGCCGGCCAACUCGUACCCCAACUGGUACUCCAUCGUGACCGGUUUGUACGGGGAAAGUCACGGGUUCGUCCAGAACUACAUGUACGACGAAAAGUACGACGACUACUUCGAGAUGGCUCCGAACCCGAACGCCUCGCACGCUCAUUGGUGGAACCACGCCGAGCCGAUCUGGGUGACGGCGGAAAAAAACGGACUACGCACGGCCAUGUACUGGUGGGACGGAUGUCAGGUGGAAAUAUUUGGGACAAAGCCGACGUUUUGCUUGCCAUACAAAGGUUAUUGGGGAUGGGAUAAUGUCACAAAGGACACGCAAGAAGCUCUUUCCAAGGUCCUGAGUGAGUUUGAAGCCGACAAACUGAAUUUCGCCCUGGUCUACUUCGAAGCUGUCGAUGCCAGAGGUCACCAAGCUGGGCCGGACUCACCAGAGCGUCGACAGGCGCUCCAAGAUGCGGAUGCUGUCGUCAAGCACCUCCUGGACGAUAUUAACCGUAGAAAAAUGCACGACCAGGUGAGCGUUGUGGUUGUCUCCGACCACGGAAUGGCCGACACGGCAGAUAAGAAGGUGACUGUGAUUGAUAUAGAACCUUUGCUGGACUACAACGACAUUCAAGUCAUGCUGGAUGGAGGUUCAUUUAGCAUGCUGAGACCGUAUCCUGACAAGAUUGAGAAGGUGUACAACGAUCUAACGAAUGCAAACAUCAAGGGCCUGCAUGUGUACAAAAGGGAAGGAUUGCCCGAUCUGUUCCACCUGAAGCACACGUAUCUGACGCAGCCACUUGUUCUCACUGCAGAUCCUGGUUACUACAUAAAGAAGCUGAACAAUACAGAGAAAAUGAAGCCCAUGUCCAGUAAAAUCUACAAAGGUAACCACGGCUACGAUCCUCUUCAAACGGAGGACAUGCGAGCAAUCUUCCUGGCCACGGGUCCCGGUCUGAAGAAAGGCUUCCUGAACGAGGGCGUUCACAUGGUGGACCACUACAACGUCGUGUGUCGCCUGCUGGGCAUCGCGCCCAAGGACAACAACGGCACCCUCGCGCACGUCGAGCCCAUGUUCUCCGGAGCACCUGUGCCGACGCCGGCCGCGGCCUUCCUGGUUCCCAACAUUAUCCUGGCCAUGCACGGAUUUCUGCAUCACUAGCGAUGGGCGACCGUGUCCAACAUUGCCUAGAUUCGAACGCCGCAGUGCUGAAGUUUCGGCGUCACCCUAAAGUGGCGAACGCGGGGCACGGAUUGGACACGAGUGCUGACGUCGGCUUUCGGCGAACACUCGCGUCCAAUCAGCGAGGACACGAGUUCCAGCCGAACGCUGAUGGAAACACUCGUGUCCAAUCCGUGCCCCGCGUUGGCCUCCUUAGGGUGACGUCGAAAAUUCAGUUCUAUGACCUUCUCAUCUUGGAGGUGUGGCCAUAUUGCGCAGAAGGCCGAAACCUAUCAGUAGUUUGUUGCGGGUUACGAAAGGCAGCACAAGCUUCUCUCAAAAAGCCCUCCACUCUCUCCUCUUUAGCGGAGCGGACGCUAAAAAGGGGACGAGUUGAGAGGAGAAAACUGCCAAUCCUGGAGAGCACAGAGCUUUAUGGGAGGGGUUUCGCCUGUGAUCAUAAACCUGCAAGAAUUAUGGCAUUCCUUUCGUUUACGAAACUUCACUUCGGUAGAUGUUUUGUGAAUACAAACUAACACUUGUGAAUAUAUCCGUGGAAGCGUCAAAAUUGCAUCAGCGACUUCGUUCGCAAGCUUACAGAGAAACCAUUACGUGUGCUCAACAGAACUAAAACACAGUCUUUUUUAAAAAUUUUGUUACCCAAAUGUUUGUCAGCAUCUUUUUUGUCGGCUUGAGGUGAUAUGGAUUAACAAAGAAAUCCCAGCUUCUUUUAUGCUGGAGCUUGGUAAGAUGGUUUUAAGAUAGGAAGUUUGUUGCUAUUUUUUUUUUUUUUUUGUGGGCUCCACUUUUAGGCUUUUAAGACGCUCUUUUUUAUGCUGCUAACGCAACUGUACUCCGCGUCACACGUCAUAAAGGCAUGUGGCGCGGAUCCUCAUUUCGUUUUCAGGUGUUUUUUUUUCGAACUAUACAUGAAUAACUUGUAUCUGACAUCAUCUCAUUGUCCCGGUUUACGAUAGAUGGCUUUUUAUUGCGAAUGUGUCAUUGGAAUGUAUUCUCAUAACUGUGGGCCUGCUGACUUGCCUUAUGACCAUGUGUAGCAGGCUGGUGGUUUUAGCAGGUGGCUGACGCGUUGUUUUUAAUCUGUGCGGAAUUGUAGCUCUACAAAUUUUAUUUUACUUAUGUUUUUUAACAAGAUAAAAUUUCCUUUCCGAAACCCAGAUGCUUCGUUAAUGUUCAGCUGUACCGUACGCUGUGUCUUGUACAUAAUAUAUAUAAUGCAAUAUUAAAGAACUGGAAACAAAAUAAACCCCCAAAAGCGACAAAGAUUUGGGGGUUUCGGAAAUUAUCAUCACUUCUAUUGGAGGUUCAUGAACUAGCGUAGUUUUUUCACACCCAAUAUUUAGGUGAAAUAUUACUUUUGUCUGGACGUUUUAUGCACGUAAAUUCACGCUCACUGGGCCUACCUGAUGCUCAAUUACCUCAGUGAUAAACUCCAUUUAUUUCUUUGAAUAUCGUGUAAUAUGUUGAUCUUAUGUCUUAAAGGAGCGGUGCAACGACUUUUGUACUUGGCGCAAAUACCGCUUGAAAUGAAUACCUGAUGUUUAUAACCCAUGAUAAGGCGCGGUGGUUUUUCUUCCCAUGCAAUGGCAAUCGCAGAAGAAAUUGCUUGUCAAGCUAUUAAUUAUCUCAAAGUGAAAUCGAGUGCUCACGCAAUGCUCCGAUGCAACCUACGAGCCGAGUUCAAAUAUCGUCAUGGCACUGCAACCUCCAACCUACGCCACCAGGAAAACACUCGCUUUUCUCCUUGAAAUUACUCCGUAAUUACUCCGCAACAGAGAUGGUUCUUGGUCAGUGUUGUUCCGUGUGAUUAUACUCGGGUGCAAAAAAAAAAAAAAAAAGCUCGUGUAAAAAGAAAAAAAAAAAAGAAACCUCCUUAAUUCAGUUUCGUUGCACCACCCCUUUAAAAUAAAACUCGGGAUGCCCAAAUAUCUAACAAUCUAUCACGCAUCAGCGUUUUUGUGGCUUUCUAGUUAUAAAAAAAAAACUUUAUCGCGCAACAAUUAUUUUUUCCUUUAUUUCCAGCUUGUAUUAGUCUUGACUUCAGAAUUGUAAGGCUGCAGAUACUCCACCCUAUUAAAGUACCAGAUCUGCGAACAGUAUGUGUACAUAAAAAUAAGAAUAAAAAAUCCAAUGAUCA